AUGCACGGAAUCAUUGAUAGCGAUAUCACUGUCAUGACCACGUGCAUCGAAGUUGCUAGUUCGGGUAAUAUCCAAUCACCUCCAUUACCCGCCACCGAUAAACACUACCAGCCACCCUUAUCUACAUUACAUUCUCAUUCCAUGGAUAUGUCUGCUGAGUUCUUCUGGGGACCAGUCAGCCAAGUGAAAAGUCAGAAAGAAGAAUUUAUCAGCAACAUCCGCACCAUGAUACCUGGAUUGGCGGGCAUGCUGGAUCCCAACACACUCAAGGCGGGUCAUGAUACAUACCCUUCUAGGUUGGAGAUUACCCGGGUUCCCCACGUUGAAAACUUGUAUAGAGUCUGGAUAUCCGAUCUUAAAUGGGCAAGGGACUCUUCAGGACUGAUGAGAUUAAUGGCCGCUUUCGACGCCAUCGAACGUUGCCCAACGGUUCCAUGUCGAUUUGGUUACGUUGAGUUCCAACCAGGAACAUUGGCUUACUAUACGCGGGUACAGGAGAAUGCGGAUAGCCGUCAGACCAUGGAGGAUUGGAGAGCAUGGGUGGAUGGACUUUGA